CACUGGAGGCUAUGAUCUUCCGGGCAACUUGAAAAAAGAGUUCAAAUCAUUUACUGUACUGGGAUGAUUAAUCGUUAAUGUUAAUUUCUGCAUUAACCUGAUGGUGAAAAGCCAAACCAUCCAUUUAUUUUUUGCCAUUUUGACACAUGAAAUUGUAAUUGAUGCCGAUUUGAUGCUUUCCAAGGUGCCAACUGAUGCACAUUAAUUUUCCUUUUGUCAACUGGCAUUAGAUUGUCUUAUACGUUAAGUGAUGGGUUAACUGAGUUUAGAUUCCUUUUGUGCUGCAUUUUCAUGGGAACAUGAAAUGAAUGUAUGAAACGGCUUCAUUUCCUUGUUAGUAAUCUAUUGAUUAUCUUUUUUAUAACAAUGAGGAAAAUAAAGACUUGUUAGUGGUGAUUUGAUACUGAACAGAGUGUGGGCAUAUAGGAUUUGACAACAUUAUUUGAAUUCUUUUUUAUUGAGAUGAAGUGCAAUAAGAUGACGAUGAUCUCAAAUAGUGAUGGUGCAACUGGGGAAGAUUUUAGAAUUCUCUUUAAGAUGGAUAUAAGUAUGACAUAUCCAAAUUCAGUCACUAUUGAAGAAGAUAGUGAUACCGGGAGCAGUAGUGAUAGCAUCAAGGAAACAGGCCAUACCAACCAGGAAUCUCAAUGCCCGGACACUAGUGCAAUUGGAAAAAAGAAGUUACCUCCAAAAGCUACUAUCGGUGUGCCUGGCAAGAAGAGGAGAUUAACUUCAGAAGUUUGGGAUUACUUCAACAUUAUUCCCAAAAAGGAUCCAAAUGAAGAGUUGAAGUGCCAAUGCAAGAAAUGUGGGAAUGAAUAUUCUGCUGAGAGUAAAAGUGGGACAGGUAAUUUGCAUCGACAUAUAAAGAAGUGUGUGAAAAUGACAACAAAGGACAUUGGGCAGUACCUAAUCACUUCUGACAAAGGUGCUCUAGGCACACGAAAUGCACAAUUCAGUCAAGAUAAGUUUAGAGAAUUACUUGUGCAUGCUAUAGUAAGACAUGAACUGCCAUUUUCAUUUGUGGAGUAUGAGGGAAUAAAAAAUGUCCUUACAUAUUUGGAACCCCAAAUUAAACAUAUCACUAGGAACACAGCCAAGUCGGACAUUAAAAAAUUGCAUGCAAGGGAAAUUAAUAGACUUGGUAGUGAAUUGCGUGGAUGUCCUAGUCGAAUAUGUUUAACUUCUGAUGCAUGGACAUCUAUUGUUACUGAUGGAUACUUAAGUUUGACUGCACAUUACAUUGAUAGCAAUUGGCUGCUACAGAAAAAAAUUCUGAAUUUUUCUUAUAUGCCUCCUCCUCAUAAUGGUGUUGCCUUAGCUGAAAAAAUUUACAGCUUGGCUAGUAGUUGGGGUAUUGAAAAGAAAUUAUUUUCCAUCACAUUAGACAAUGCUUCUGCAAAUGAUUCUUGUGUUGCAAUACUUAAGAAUCAGCUUAAGUUGAAAAAUUCUCUGGUUUGUGAUGGUGUGUUGUUUCAUGUGCGAUGUUGUGCACAUAUUCUCAACUUGAUUGUGCAAGAUGGUUUGAAAGAAAUUGAUAAAUCUGUGGAGUUAAUAAGAGAAUGUGUCAAAUAUGUCAAGGGUUCUCAAACAAGGAAGUUAAGGUUCACCGAAUGUGUAACACAAACUUCUCUUGAUUCCAAGAAGGCUUUAGUUCAAGAUGUUCCUACUAGGUGGAACUCCACAUAUAGGAUGCUGUCCAGUGCACUUUAUUAUCGCCUUGCAUUUUGUCACUUACAACUAAGUGAUUCAAAUUUUCGGUGCUGUCCAUCUCUUGAAGAAUGGGGAAGAGUUGAAAAAAUUUGUAGCUUUCUUCAAGUUUUCUAUGAGGCAACUAAUGCUUUUUCGGGGUCCAAGUAUCCAACUAGUAACUUGUACUUUCCUCAAGUUUUUAAAAUUCAAUUGAAGCUGUCCGAGGAAUGCAAGAGUUCGGAUGAUUUUAUGAAGAGGAUUGGUUCCCAAAUGUUUGUGAAGUUUAACAAAUAUUGGUCCGAGUUCAAUCUCUUGUUGGCAAUUGCUGUGGUAUUUGAUCCUCGGUAUAAAUUUCAAUUUAUUGAAUUUAGUUAUAAUAAGUUAUAUGGCCCGGGGUCUAAUGAAUUAGUCAAGAUCAGGAAUGCACUUUUUGAUGUCUAUAAUGAGUAUGUGAGGACUUUCAACAUAUCUGGUGCAUCAUCUUCAUGCUCUCGAGGCAGCAAUGAAGUCUAUUCUCAUGGAGCCAAGGACCAAGAAGACAACCAAUCAUUUGAUGUUUUAGAGGAAUUUGAUCAAUUUGACACUUUUGAAUUUGCCUCUAGUGCACAAAAAAGUCAAUUGGAAAUGUAUUUAGAUGAGCCAAGAGCUAAACGAUCCUCACAUAUUAAUGUUCUUGAUUAUUGGAAAGCUCAACAAUUUCGAUUUCCAGAUUUGAGUAAAUUAGCAAGGGACAUUCUAUGUGUUCCAGUAUCGACCGUUGCUUCUGAAUCUGCAUUUAGCCUUGGUGGUAGAAUUUUGGAUCAAUUUCGUAGUUCACUUUCACCCCAAAUUGUUGAGGCUUUAGUUUGCACUAAGGACUGGUUGUUUGGAGAUAAAAGUGAAGGAUCUCUAAAUAUGAAUUUGGAGGAUUUAACUCAAAAUAUCAUGUCUCUCAACAUCAACAAGGAUGAGGUUGAUGCAACAAUAAUUGAGGAUUCAAAUUCUAAUAUUAUUAAUCUCUAAUCCAUGAUACAUUGAUACUUGAUGCAUGCUGGAGUGGUUGCUAUGAAUGCUGCUUGGAGGACGCAAAUUAUGAAUGUUGUUGUUGCUGAUGAUGAAGGCAGACCGGCAGAACAUUGGUUGGCCUUGGAGCAUCACUUUUGUUGUGAUUUAAUAUCAUGUGAAUUGUAAUAUAUUGACUCUAAACUUGUAACUUUGGUUGGUAGACUUUUGUUUAGAUUGUUCUAGUUGAAUUUGUUUGACUUGUGUGAAAUUAGAGCUGUUAAAUUUGGAUAGAUGAUGUAUUAUAUUAUUUUUACUCUUAUGAUGUCUUAAUUUAGUUUGGAGUUGAUUCUA